AUGGCAUCUGCUCCUGGCAGUCAGGUCUGCUCCCUCUGCCUAUCAGUAUAUACAGGUGAAGUUACACUGAGAUGUGGACACAAUGUCUGCCAGGGGUGCACUGAACAAGUCCUGGACCCCCAGAAGGAGUCUGAACUUUACUCCUGUCCUGAAUGCAAAAAGGUACCCGAGGAACCCCCGAACCAGGCGGCCAUACCCUGUUCUUACUGUCUCCACACUUCUGCACCAGCAUUAAAGACCUGUCUGCAUUGUGAAGCUUCUCUAUGUGACGAGCACCUAAAAGUCCAUGUCCAGUCCCCAGAACAUGUCCUAUGCGAGCCCACUACUGUCCUGGAGGACCACAAGUGCCCUGUGCAUAAGAAGAUCCUUGAGUAUUACUGCAGUGAGGAGGACAGUUGUAUCUGCGUGUACUGUCUGGCUGAGGCCCAUAGGACACACCAUCUGGAGCCACUAACCAAAGCCACCGAGAGGAGGAAGGACAGAAUGAAGAGUCUUCUAGAAAAGAUGGAGGCAAAGAGAGAAAAGGCAGACGAGGAGAUAGAGAAUCUACAGAAACAGAAGAAUGAGAUUCCAGACACAGUCACCAGACUCACUGACAAGGUGACCACCAUCUUUACUGAGAUCAGGAGACAACUGGCAGAUCUGGAGAAGAAAGUCCUGAGUGAGGUCUCCAGGGAGAAGGAACAGAUGUUGUCCUCCAUCUCCGACCUGAUCCAGCAGCUGGUCAUACAGAAGGACGAACUGUCCAGGGAGAUCCAUCACAUUGAGGAUCUCCUCAGCUCUACCGAUCCAUUGUCUGUGCUACGACGUGGUGUGGUGAAGUUCUGUGAGGAGAGAAAUGAUGCCGAGGAGAUUGACAGAGACCUUUAUGGCUUCAGAAACCUGAACAGAUUCCUCAUUGCCCUGACCUUAUAUGACGGUUUAGGGAACAUUGUGACAAAGGCAAAGGAGGACUUCUAUAUGGUUGAGUUUUCAGAGAUAUUACUGGAUAAAACCACUGCAGCCAAUAAUGUGGCCAUUACAUCAGACCUGAAAUCGGCAUCAUGGUCGGUGAUGAGUCAACGUCGUAAAAAAUCACCUGCAAGGUUCCAACAAUAUCAGGUUUUCAGCAUCCAAGGACUUUGGUCAGGACAACAUUAUUGGGAAGUGGAGACCAGCGAGUCGGAAUACUGGAUGGUGGGCAUGGCAUACCCCAGUACAGAGACUAAAGGAGACCAGUCCUGGAUAGGCAACAAUAGAAAGUCCUGGUGUCUCUGCCGUUGGCAUGAGGAGUACUCUAUACGACACAACAGUGAAGACCUUCAGCUAUAUCCUGCCAUGUCCUCCAAUCGCUAUGGGAUACACGUGGACUAUGACUCGGGCCUGAUGUCCUUCUAUGAGCUGAGGGACCCCAUCAAACAUUUAUACACCUUCUAUGAAAACUUCACCGAGCCCCUGUAUGCGGCAUUGUGGGUAAAUGACAAUGGGUGGAUAAAAAUCAGGAAAUCAUGA